UAUUGCGAUUUCUUUUCUGCACAAAGAACUAUGUUUUUGAGAUUCAUCAGUGUUGCUAGGUAAGCACCUAAUCCUUGCUUCCACCUGCUUCAAAGUGAUUGUAUGUGCAUACACCACCAUUGAGCCUUCUUUCCUUUGGGUGGACACCCAGGGGUCCUCCAACCUCCACCAGCACAGGUAGCAUAGUGUGGAAUGGGGGAAGAGAACCGGGCCUCUGACCACUGCCCGACCUCUGACCUUUGCUCAGUGCCAUCCAGUGCUGCCCUGGGCUCAGCUGUGUCUAACAUGGGAUCCUUGCUGGGGACACUGGAUAUCUCCUACCUACUGGAAUUCCCUGCUGAGGCCUUGACUGCUUCCCCAAUUGGCGGUAACUGGCCUUGAGCCUCAAACACCCCUUCAGGCAUUCAAUAGUCCUUGCCUGACUUCAGCCAAGUCAUGCAAAUGAAACACAUUCUCUCUACAUGAGGAUUCAUUGCUGUCUGCAGAGUUUUUUCGGGACUAUAGGAGAAAGUCAUACAAUCCCCCACUAAGCAAACAUUGACCCUAUUUUCAGACAAACUAACGUCCUGGCUCAGAGAGCAUGACCCCCAUGCCGUUCUCCUCUCCCUGCCCCAAUCAAACUACUGUGCCCUAAGUUACUUCACCAAGGAUCUCGCAUUCACUGAGAAGCGGUGCUGCAGUGGCUUGCCUUCCUCCCACACCUGUAAGGUUUUGUUUGUUUUCAGUUUAACCAAACCUGGCUUGGAACACAGAGAGAAAGAAAAAGAUAACUUCUGAUCUCCCCACAACCUCCCAACCAACCAACCAAUCAGCAGACAGAUAAAACAGAAACCUGCAUAUGAUGACUGAAUUUUGGGGAAGAAGGACCUCCAACCCCGUCUCCAGAUAACUCUAGGCCAGGGCAUGCACGUCCCUUCAGGACAGUUCCUUUGCCUCUGCAGCAAUCCUUACCAAGCUCAGGGCCGUGAGGUCCUCCUUCUUGGGAAAUCCCACUUCUCAGAGUGAAGCCACAGGAUGGGGCCUAGGGCGUGUCAGGCACGGCCAUUCCUUCCUGUUUCCCGCCUUGGGGCAGCCCCUCCCCCAUAGGUGGGCCAUUGGCUCAGGGAGGGGAGGAGAGGCCAGUGUGGAUCCACUCACAGAAUGUUCUUUUGGUUUGCAGCCAAGGCUACUGCAGCUGUGAUCGGAGGAGCCGUGGCCGUGGGCGCUGCGCCCGUGGUGCUGGGCGCCAUGGGCUUCACUGGGGCCGGAAUCGCAGCCUCCUCCCUAGCGGCCAAGAUGAUGUCAGUCGCAGCCAUUGCCAACGGGGGCGGGAUUGCCGCCGGCAGCCUGGUGGCUACUCUGCAGUCCGCGGGAGCGGCUGGACUCUCCCUGUCAACCAAUGUCAUCCUGGGCUCUGCUGGAUCUGCCCUUGCGACCCUCCUGGUAUUAUAGCUCCCUAUCACUCCCACUGCUGAGAAGACGACCUGGUGGGGACCAGCCGACGCAGUGAGGACCAGUCCCGGGGUGACAAUGUGCCAAACACAGAGGAAAAUAAAAAAUAAAAAUGAGUUACAACCCCUUCCA